UUUCACCAUGAUUGAAGAUUUGUAAUUAAAUUAUUUACAGAAGAUAUGAAGCCUCUUAAAGCUACCAAGCAUGCAAAAAAUAUCAAGCUUAAUCAGGUUAAGAGCCUCAUUAAAGAGAAAGAACUAUCGGAACAAACAAACAAAAUCAUGAACUCUUUCUAUCAUAUUCAUGGACAUAUCCACCCCCAUGAAGUCCUGAACUACAAACAAAUGGUCCUGUGCGGGAUGGUCUCCAUUCCUUACUCACUGGUCCACUUCGACCUGAAGGGGCUGACAGAAGAGAGCGUGCAGAAGGCGGAGGAAUCUUUGGGUGAGAUUAAUGGAGAAUUAUUGAGGGAUGGAAAGGUAGUAGUCAGGAGUGUAUGUCUGUGGGUACAGGAGAUUGUUAGAGAGUUUAGGAAGCAGGAGAGGGGGUUAGAUUGUGGGGAGUGAGAUGGGAAUGUGUUGGUGAAGGCGAGUAGUUAUGUAUCGCAUCCUGAGUUGAAGCUUACAACAGCUAGGCGUACUCCAGUCAUGGAUAUUAAGAAAACUGAGAGUAUAGUUUCGAAGGAGGAAGAAAAAAUUCCGACUGAGUCUCGUCCAGAGACUAAGCCUGCUAAACCUCACUCUGAAAUUAAGCCUGCGAAACUUCACCCUGAAUCUAAGCCUAGAUCUGAAUCUAAGAGGAGUUCUGAAUCUAAACCAAGCUCUGAAGGAAACUCAGAUGGAUGGGAGACAAUAUUUUUUGAUGAGGAGAAAGAUAUUCUUACUCAAGAAGACAGCAAGAAAGUGCUUGUCGACAAGAUUAACGAAGCGUCAGAGGCCAUCAAGAAGGUUGACAAAGCUUCAAUUACAGAGCUUAAAGCCUGAAGGACUCCAGUUCAGGUUAUCAAGACUGUCAUGAGUGGCAUGCUAAUUGCACUUGGAGAAAAGAAGAACAUUACUUGGGAUAAUGCAAGGAUAUUAUUAGCAAAUCCUAAAGAAUUUCUUCAGAGAAUAGUUGAAUACGAUGCUGCUAAUAUUGACUACCAUACUUGCAAAAGGAUUAAGAACAAGAUUGCUGAUAUAUCUCUUGAGCAAACAAGAAAUGCAAGUACAGCAAUAAUGUCUUUUUACAUAUGGUUGAAAUCAAUAGUCAGCUUCAGAGCUUUUAAAGCUAUAAUUGAGAAUGAACCUGUUCCUCCCAAAGAGAAAAAGAAAAACAAUCAUAAGAAGCAAGUUAAAGCUCCAGUACGAGAUCCUAUCAGGACUCCCAUUAGGGCUCCGAUUAGAACUCCAGUUAGAGCUUCAGUAAAGACUUCUGGAAAGACCCCAACAAAGACCCCAACAAAGACUCCAACAAAGACUCCUGUAAAAUCAGCUAAAGGGGGCAAGGAAGAGACAAAAUCAGAAGAAAAUGCUCCUACUCCAACAAAAGCAGUGAAAACUUGGAAAGAUCUCUUAAUUGCUGACUCAAACGAAGCCGAUGCCAAUCCUGAUGAUCUUGAGUCUAUUCUCGCAGAUGCCACUAAGUUUGAAUUUAAUAUCGACAAAUCUGAUGUAGUUGAAAUUAAAUCACUGGCUAAACCUCCUGUCAUAGUUCAAAAAGUACUAAAUGGAGUCACUGCUGCCUUUGGAAUAAAACCAGAGGCAAAACAAAAAGACUGAUCUUGGGUAGUGAUCAAGAAGAGGCUCAAUACUACAUUCCUUGCUGAUCUGAAAAAUUUUGACAAAGAUCACAUUGACUUUAAGACAUGCAAGAAAGUUCAUUCUUACAUCAAAGAUCUUUCUGCUGAAGAAGUUUGCAAGGUCUCCAAAGGUGCACUGACCAUUUACAAUUGGUGCAAGACUCUUGUCAAUUACAGAGCUUACCUCGCUCUUUCGAGAGACGAGGAAGUGCCUAAAAAUAUUCCAAAGAAACUUGAAGAGAAGAAGCAAAAACCAAGACCUAAGACUGCAGCAGUGAGGCUUACUGCUAAGAAAGAAGAGACUAAGGAAGAGAAAAAAGAAGAAACAAAGGAGGAUCCAAAGGCGAAGAUCACCACCUGGGAAGAUCUUUUCAUCUUCAACUCUGGAGAGCAGCAUUAUACUACUGAUGACUUAGAGCAGAUCAGACAAGGAAUGGAUAGCUAUAAAACAGAUCUUAACAAGAAAGAUAUUAGUUUCCUUUCUUCAUUAGCAUGUCCUCCUGUGGUAGUCACUAAGGUCUUCACUUCUGUAAUGGUUGCUUUUAAACAGAAAGAGACAGCAUGGAAAGACAUCAAGGCAUUCAUCAAAAAGAAGGAAUUCUCUCAGUCUCUUUUACACUAUGAUAUUGAUCAACUUAGUUUCCUAAUGCUCAAGAAGAUUUAUAACCAUGUCAAAGAUCUUAAUGAAGAAGGAGUUAAAGCUGUGAGCGAAGCAACCUUGAGCAUGUACUUAUGGGUCAAGAAGAUAGUAAACAUUAGAAUAGUCAAAGCACUUGAAAAUUCAGAGCCAGUCCCAGUGCUAAAGAAAAAGAAGAAAUAAAUACUCUAAGAUUCUCAAAGACUGGAUUCAUGUUAGGAAAAAUGGUAAAAUAUUUAAGAGUCCAGCCUAA